GACAACUAUAUUUCCCUGCCCCUGCUGGAGCGGCAGGCCACCGGCUCCUCCAGCGCAGGGAGGCAUGUUCCCUUCGAUGCCUGCAUCAGCCACUCAGCAUCCUGCAGCUCCUCCCUUAUCGACAGCUCCCGCUCUGGAGACAUGGACACAGACUCCAAACAAAACUACAGCAUGCACACCAGCAUCAGUGAGAUCCUGAAGGAGAAGAGCCUGAAGCCGUCCCGCCGCAGCCUGCCCUGCCUGGCCCAGAGUCAGACCCAUCCACUCAAUCUCAACCACUUCCUGUCUGUGCCUCUGAGCCCGGAGCCCAAACUUGAACCGGAGGCCCUGAGCCAGAGCAUCAGCACCUCCUGCAGCCUCCUCCCCCCACAGCCAGCUGAGGACGGCAAGGAUCACUACGUGGAGGAGUCAGAGGCCAGCACCUAUGAGGCGAGGGCAGACGAGUCGUUUCUGAUACAGAAGCCUGUCACCCGCGCUAAACUAGAGGCCCGCACAGACUCACUUCAGGGAAAGAGCCCAGCGGAUUCAUCGGGACUCUUUUUCCGAGAUGGGAAAAAGCGCAUUGACUACAUCCUGGUUUAUAAGAAGUCCAGUCUGCAGGUGGAGAAGAGGUGCACCUUUGAGAAGAAUCUGCGUGCUGAGGGCCUGAUGCUGGAGAAGGAGCCUUCCUUGACCAACAAUGACAUAAUGUUCGUGAAGAUCCAUGCUCCUUGGGAUACGCUUUGCAAAUACGCAGAGCAGAUGAACAUCCGGAUGCCAUUCAGGAAAAAAUGCUACUUCACAGACUGGAAGAGCAAAACUAUGGGCAGCAGGUUUCAUAUGAGAUGCCGUCAGAUAAAGAGCUGGCUUCCCAGAAACCCCAUGAAGCUGGACAAAGAGGCCUUGCCUGAUCUGGAGGAAACAGACUGCUACACAGCCCCCUUCAGCAGAGCGCGCAUGCAUCACUUCACCAUCAACAACAGACAGACCUUCUUCUCCAACUCCACCAGAAGCAGAAUCGUCCAUCAUGUCCUGCAGCGGACCAAGUAUGAAGACGGAAAGUCAAAGAUGGCUCCUCCACUUUGUUGUCUGUCUCUGCUUAAUUAUUAUGGUCGCCAUGACCGGAUGUUGCUUGCCCAGUCUGUGAGCUCCUGGGAAGGCAUAAAUCGUUUGUUGGGUAACAGCACAUAUGAGGCUGCAUUUCCUCCACAUGAGGGUAGUUACAAGAGCAGACAUCCUAUUAAGACCCACGGUGCCCAAAACCACAGGCACCUGCUGUAUGAGAGGUGGGCCCGCUGGGGCAUCUGGUACAAAUACCAGCCUCUGGACCUCAUCAGGCGGUACUUUGGGGAGAAGAUCGGCCUCUACUUUGCUUGGUUGGGCUGGUACACCGGCAUGUUAAUCCCUGCUGCCCUGGUUGGCCUUUUUGUCUUCCUCUAUGGUCUCUUCACCAUGGACUCCAGCCAAGUCAGUAAAGAGAUUUGUGAAGCCAACACCACCAUCAUGUGUCCUAUGUGUGAGUCAAACUGCGGCCCUUGGACGCUGAGUGACAGUUGUGUCUAUGCAAAGGUGACCCAUCUGUUUGACAAUGGCGGCACUGUGUUCUUCGCUAUCUUCAUGGCUAUUUGGGCCACGGUGUUCCUGGAGUUCUGGAAGAGGCGGAGAGCAGAACUGACUUAUGACUGGGAUCUCAUUGAUUGGGAGGAGGAAGAGGAGGAGCUGAGGCCGCAGUUUGAAGCCAAAUACUCCAGGAUGGAGAGAGUGAACCCCAUCUCUGGCAAGCCGGAGCCCUUCCAGCCUUUCACAGACAAACUCAGCAGGCUCAUGGUGUCUGUGUCCGGAAUAUUCUUCAUGAUUUCCCUUGUUUUGACAGCAGUGUUUGCUGUGGUGGUUUUCCGUCUCAUUGCGAUGGAGAAGUUUGCUUCAUUGGAAUGGGAGUUUGUGAGGAAGAACUGGCAGUUUGCCACCUCUGGCACCGGUGUCUGCAUAAACUUUAUGAUCAUCAUGUCUCUCAAUGUGGUAUAUGAAAAGGUGGCCUAUUUGCUGACCAAUUUAGAGCACCCACGGACAGAGUCAGAGUGGGAGAACAGCUUUGCUCUGAAGAUGUUUUUGUUCCAGUUUGUGAAUUUGAACAGCUCCACAUUUUACAUCGCUUUCUUUCUUGGAAGGUUUGCUGGCCGUCCUGGAAAAUAUAAUAAACUCUUUAAUCGAUGGAGGCUGGAGGAGUGUCACCCGAGUGGCUGUUUGAUUGAUCUGUGUCUGCAAAUGGGCGUCAUCAUGUUCUUUAAGCAAAUUUGGAACAACUUCAUGGAGCUGGGUUAUCCUUUGCUGCAGAACUGGUGGUCUCGUAGGAAAAUGAAGAAAGGAGGCGGUGGAUGGCAAAAUGUAGAGAAUAAAGCUCAGCUUCCCCAGUGGGACAAAGACUGGAAUCUGCAACCAAUGAAUGCUCACGGACUGGUGGACGAAUACCUUGAAAUGGUUCUCCAGUUUGGCUUCACCACCAUCUUUGUUGCUGCAUUCCCACUGGCUCCACUCCUGGCGCUGCUCAACAAUAUCAUUGAAAUUCGUCUUGACGCGUACAAGUUUGUCACUCAGUGGAGGAGACCCAUGCCUGCCCGAGCCACUGACAUAGGUAUCUGGCAUGGGAUUCUUGAAGGUAUCGGCGUGUUGGCAGUCAUCACCAACGCCUUUGUCAUUGCCAUCACCUCUGACUACAUCCCCCGCUUUGUCUACGCCUUCAAAUACGGCCCCUGUGUGGACAAGGGAUACCGGCAUGAGAAGUGUUUGCGAGGCUACAUGAACAGCAGCCUCUCCGUCUUCGACAUGAGCAAGAACAGCAGCCAUGUGCCGCCCAAAUACUGCAGGUACAGAGACUACAGAGCCCCACCCUGGAGCAGCAUGCCCUACGAAUUCACCCUGCAGUUCUGGCACGUCCUGGCUGCCAGGUUGGCCUUCAUCAUCGUCUUUGAGCACCUGGUGUUUGGGAUCAAGUCCUUCAUUGCAUACCUAAUUCCGGACAUGCCAAAGGAUCUCUGUGAUCGAAUGCGACGGGAGAAAUACCUGAUGCAAGAGAUGAUGUAUGAAGCCGAACUGGAGCACCUGCAGAAGGAGAGAAAGAAGAAUGGGAAGCGUUAUCACCAUGAGUGGCCUUAGCUUUACCCCAGCCCCUUGACCCCGCCACCCAUCGCACAGCCCUCAGCUCACAGGCACCACCUCCCCCUGCCUGCUUACCGACAGUGUGCGUGUUCAUUUUGAGAGUGGAGUUUCACUCGGCUGAUUCUGUACACCAAAGACACCAUCUUCUGUAUCUUAGCCCUGAGAUCCUUUCCACAGACCUGCCCAGACCCAGCCUGAGUCCCUUGCCAUCUGCUCCGUGUCCUUUAUUGGCGCUGUUGUUGGUUUUGGCUCUGACCCUCCCACACCUCCUACCCAGUGCCGUCACUUAUCUUCAUCCAGCAGGCUGCCCUUGGCCCUGUGCUGUGUCAUGACUUCACUGGGGAAACCUGUGCAAUUGUAAUGUUUACUAUGCAGAUCAAGGGCUGCAGAUCACCACUGUUCACUUUUGGCACUCACCCUGCACUCUCAGUGUGGCAGCUAGCACCCUGCUUCGACAGUCCAGUGUAGUGCAGCUCGCAGCAUGGCUGUGUUUGUCUCCCAUGGACAUCAACAUGGCCGUUGUUUUCCUGGUUAUGUGACAGCGCUACUGUGGCACUUAUUGUUACUUGUUGCAAAAGUGAUUCUGGUGACGUGGCUACCAAAUAUAACAGACAAUGUUUAUGCAACGUGACUGUAAGUUGCCCUUGAAGCAUGCCAAUUGAUAUUUGCAGUCAACUCGUAAACAUCACAAAAAAGAUGUUAAGAUUCAUACAUUUGAAAGAGGAUUCCUUAUGAAAUCAUGUAAAAUGCAUGGUGAUAUUGUUUUGUAUCUUUUGAUAGACAAAUUCCCUGUCUUGAUGCCUGGUUCACGUGUAUGUGUGUGUGUGUGUGUGUGUGUGUGUGUGUGUGUGUGUACUCUCUGUGAGCUGCGUGUUAAUCUCUUGUCUAUGCUACUGCUGAGCUUGAGCUCCAGCUGAGGGAGUGUGAAUUUAGUGUGAUUUGAUUGUGCCUACAAGUUGUGCACACCACAAUUGUGUCACCAACAUCACGUGUGCCUGUUUGUGCUGCACGUGCUUUUCAAGUGCAAGAAAUACUCUAUCUCCUCGUUCCGUUGUGCGAUCUGCUGUAAACUCUCUGAACUCCCCUGUAAGGAUUUGUUUUGGAUGUGAGUCCCGCCGCAGUACCUACUCCCAGGUCUGAGCUAACGGCUCUGAAAUAAAGUGUACAUUGUAACGUGACUCCGGUCGUGAACAAUGUAUACAGUCACACGCAGGAGCCACGAAUCUGUUGUUCCGCUCUGUGCUCAGUCUGGUUUUCAUUUGCUAUUGGAAGCCCAGAAGGGUGGUUGAAACAUACCUGUGGCUUGGAUGCUCAGUUUACAGAGAGCAUCCGUCUACUGUUCCACACUCACGAAGCACACUCGUAUUCACACACUUUCAAGUCUCGUCUACUGUGAUUGAGCACAAGAGUUGAAUGCGGUUUUCACUGCAUUCUUUCCUGAACCAAUGUGAAAGUGAGAUAAAUUUGCUCGAGUUACAUACACAGCCAUGACAUUGCCUUUUUCAUUGUGGUGUGUUCUGAUGUGGAGGACUAGAGGCCCGUGUUUAGCCCAAUGAGAACUCAGGAAAUACAAAAUAGGCAGCAGGAGAGAUGCAUACAGCUGUGAAGUUAGGUCAGGAUUAUGUCCUAAAUUUCCUGCUGCAUUCAUUCUGAGGUUGAUAGCUAUGGAGUGUAUAAAGUGCAGAAGAACUGGGGCUUGUACUCUGAAGCUGAUUAGAGCGUUUAAACUUCAACCUAAGAACUCGAGUGUAGGUCAUGGUCAUUGUCGAUGGUAUAUAAUCAUUUGAGACUUAGAGUUAAGAGCAUGUGUGGUAGUGUGGAGGUUACAUAGAUCUAUUAAUUGAAGGUAAAGAGUGCAUUGCACAUGACUAACAAAGAAAAUCAAUGCUUAUUCCAUAUUUUACAAUUAUUGUAUAUGAUUUUUUUUCUUGACUGAUUCAGUCUUGUUGUUUUACUUUUCAUUGUAUAUACUUUCCAGAGUAUCAAGAUGUAUGUAAUGUUUUUAUAGGGAUUUUUUUUUCGUGCAACCAGCAUGCAUUCACCUCUUCUCACCCUAAGAUUAAGGCAAUGUAACGUCCGCGUUCCUCAGGUGUCCUCCGAAUGUUUGCAGAUGAUCAACUUUUUAUCAUAUUUUCUAAGAAGCAAUCAAAGGUAUCCUGCUUUUUUAGAUAUAUAUUUUUGCACUGCAGUGCAUUUGCAUGACAGUAAUGCACCCUCACAAUAGUUAAAAAAAAAAAAAAGUGAUACAUUAAAAGCAUGAUUUAUUUCAUCACAUUAAAUGCACAUCACAGCACAUACAUUAACUCAGACGUCUUGGUAAUAUAAUCACCAUACAAUAAAGUAUGAACACAUGUAACACAUAUUAACUGAAAAAUGAUUCUGCUUUCCGAUUAUAACAUUCAACCCAAUUAUUUAAAAGUCAUUAUUAAAUAAUUUUCUCCCUCCAUUCUUGAUUCAUAAGAGAUAGAGAUUUUUAAAAUAUAUACAUAUAUAGAUAUAUAUAUAUUAUUCCAAUAUUUAGGAAUUUAGUCUGAGUUUUGAAAAUAUCUUCCCUGGUAUGUGAACAUUGAAAAUCUAUGCAUGUUGUAGUCCUUGAGUGCUGCAUUAAUUUUGAACAGUGUCAGAUGCAGAUGUAAAUGUAAAUUGUACUGGUACAUUUGUACUGUGGAGUAUGCAUGACUUACACCUGCUUUGAACAGAGCUAAUUUCUGUGAAGUUAUCAGCAGAAUACAUAUCACCCCCCUUUGGUCAUUACUGAUCAUUUUUAGAAGUCAGAUUAUAAAAGAAGUCCAGUAUACGAGAUGUAAGUUGUUUUCUUUUCUUUUCUUUUCUUUCUUUCUUUCUUUCUUUCUUUCUUUCUUUCUUUUUGGUUUGUUUUUAUGCAGGUCACUUUUAUACUCUAAGUAUUUUCUAAAUAAUUGCUUGGACCCAAAUUAAGUUUCAGGCAGAUUAAUAUGAGAAUCUGUCUGAAUUGAAUUUCAAUGAGUCUGUUACAGAAAAGAUGUGAAACCUCAGACUUAAUCUGUGAGGACACACUCAACACAUUUAUGUUUAGCCCAAACAGCUGAAAUGUUUCACCCAAUGGGAUACUGGCACAUUCAUGUAAACACUUAAUGGCAAUUAGAAUUAACGUGACCUUGGAUCUUUGGCUUGUCUGUGCUACAAAUCAUUUCUGGAUGGAACUGUGUCGUGUUAUCUUCUCACCUUCUCACAAAUACAAAUGCUGCACAGUGGUGGAAAGGUGUUUCUCAUGCCUUCUCCUGUUGGCAAUAGUAUAAUAUGGGUAUUGUGUAUUAAGUAAUAAUGGCAUCACCUUGCACAUCUCUGAAAACAGCUGUCUAGAGGGGGAUUAUGCUCGUUAUUGUGUGCUUCUCCUCUUGUUGAACCCAUGAUAGGAUUGUGUACUUGAAGGAAGCACAGGAACGUUAGACCAUAAAUUUAACUGUACAAUAGGAUGUUAUCAGUUGUGACAUGAAGUGUAUCAAUAACAUGUUUACUUUGUUCCUGUUUACAUGUAAAAACAUACAGAAAUGUAUAAAAAAGGAUGUAUCAAAAUAAUUUGGAUAUCACUCUUUUCUGUAAUAAAUCAUGGAUUGUAUCUUUUAAA